AUGCAAAUAAUAAAUACUCACAAUUUGAAAACACAUAAUGCAUAUCAAUAUCUUUUCUUUAAUCGCUCAAUUGAAACAAUGUUUGCUGAUGUUCAAUUUAAGGGAAGGACAUCAAUAGUUACCCCUACCAAUUCAUUAUGUUAUAUGGGAGGAGGAUUCGACAGAUAUUUAUUACAAGGAUUAUUAUUAGGUACGAAUAUUACAAAUUAUAAGUAUCUUGAGAAUAUUAUUCAGGAUCAACAAUUACGUAAACAUCAUGGAUAUUUGACACCCAAUUCAAUUCAUAAGAUUGAGUUAGAAUCAUUAUUUGAAAAUGAUAAAGAAUAUAAAUAUCAAGAUACUUUGGCAUAUAAGAAUUGGAAUUUGGUAGAAAUCAUUCAAUUACCAACAAUGGUAGUACCUGAACCAAUUCAUCAAGUAACAAAUGUAUUUGAUUCACUUUGGAAUUUAUUACAUGAAAUCGAUAAGUCACAUGACCGACUUACCAAUUUAAUUAUACCUGGUAUUGGAACUGGAUUUGGACAUUUAGAUGAAUAUGAACUGACUAAAUUAAUGAUAUUUACAUUUUUCAUAUAUAAUUUACAAUUAACAAAAAAUGAUAGAUUAAAUCAGUUAAAGAAAUCUGCUUUGAUCCUAUUCUUUUUUAAUAAAGAUUAUAAAUUAUUUAAAAAUCAAAGUGAUAUAAAUGAAUUAGAAAAUAAUCAAAUUAUAACAAAUUAUGGUAAACAAAAAAAUCUGAAUUUAAAACCAAAUUCAAUUAUGGAAUUUGAUGAAUUAUUUAAAUAUCUUAGCAAUAAGUUAAGUAUGACAUCAUCAACCAAAUUAGGAUAUACUCUUGGAUUUAUUCGAUGUAAAGAAAACAAUAAGGUUCUUUUAUUAAAUAGAAAUAAGGCUCCUUGGAUGGGAAAAUGGAAUGGAGUAGGUGGUAAAUUAAUCCCCGGGGAAUCUCCAUUAGAUUGUAUAAUUCGUGAAACAAAUGAAGAAACAGGAUUAUUCUUAAACAAUUUCCAAUCUAGAGGAAUUUUAACUUGGAAAGUAUCAAAUGAUAAAGAUGGAGAUUUGAUAGAUUAUGGUGGAUUAUAUUUAUAUACUGUUGAUAUAUCAUUAGAACAAUAUGAAAAUUAUAGAACUCCUUUGGUAUUUGAUAAAGAAGGAAUUUUAGAUUGGAAAGAUUGGGAAUGGAUAAUUCAUGAAGAUAAUCUUGGAAUGGUUGAUAAUAUCAAAUUACUAUUUAAGUAUUUAUUUCAAGGAAAUGAAGAUGAUAAAUAUGAGGUGACUUAUCACAAUCACCAAUUAAUAAGCUUUAUUGCUUUCCCUAGGAUAUAG